AUGCCGAAAGACGACCACAGCGCCGCCGAGGACCGCUGGGUUCGCACCGUUGUGGAGGAGAUCCGACGCUUCCAAUCUCUCAGGCCUCGCCCAGGGAGGGUCCUCCGCUACACCCCGAUGCCGCCGGCGCUCAUGGUCGCGGAGAAGUUGGAGAAGCUGGCUGGGCUCCAAGGCUACAGCGCGUGGCCCGAGGCCAGUCGCAUCGCCGCCGCCGCGGAGGCCGAGGGCUUCGCCGCAGCCUCCGCGUACGCCGCCGGCAAGUCCCUGGCUACCGACGAGGAGCGGGCCGACGUCUUCAAGAAGUACAUCAAGGAGGUGUCGGGUACCGCCAAACGCUACGCCAUGUCCCGACCCCAAGCCGCCGGCACCUCAAGGCUUCUUAGCAGCCAGUUCAUGAUAUUAUGCCUUUCUGCUGGCUGGCUUGUUUUUGGCCUCUCAAAAAGAAGUGUAACAAUAUUUUGCUGUGAUGGGAACUUUAGUUACCAGUGUAUGCUGUUCCCCCAUGUUGAUCAAGGCUGUGUUAGCUUGGGAUUUGGUGUAUUUUCUUGGGCGAUGAAAGAUGCUGGUCUUUUUGCAACUAGCUAUAUGUGUUUUGUGGUUCUUGUGGGGCGGUUUACAAGCCUGCAAUGUGAUUCAAGAUCCAUAGACAUCACAUUUUUCAGUUGA